CGGACGGUUUCCUCAUCCUCGCUGACUUACGUCUCUUUUUACUUCUUUAUUGUCCUCGUCGUCGUCUCUGGCUUCAGACGGAAUCCAUUCGUUCUCUGACACACUGGCUCGAUGUGGCCAUUCUCGGGCAACGGCCUGCGGCACUCGACUGUGGAAUACAUCCCGCUCUUCAACCCAAACGCGUCUCUCCAGUCUGUCUAUCCUCGGAACAAGCAGCAAUGGCUAUACGUCGUGAUCGCGUUGCUAUCAACGAUGAAUGUAGUACUAUUAGGCAGGGCAUGGUACACGUACAUCCCUGCGCCAUCAUUGCUCGACUCGUAUCAGAUCCUAAAACCACAAUUCGUCGUAGGACGGCAGGACCUCGUCCAACCACCCCGAACAGACGACGAAUCACGUGCGGUCGUCACCUCCCUCUACACCGAUGCCUUCGCCUACCCCGUCGCCGCCCUCGGCCACUCUCUCACCGCCGCAGACGUCACCGCCCGCAAAAUCCUCAUGUACCUCCCCAACCAGGUCUCCCUCAAAGCACUCUGCAUCGCCCAAGCCGGCGGCUGGCAACUACACGCCGUCCCACUCAUUUCUCCCCCAACCUCCAGCGCGUCCGGGAUCGGAAACCGUUUCGGCGACCAGUACACGAAGCUGAACCUGUGGACGCUCGACCAGAUCGGCGUCAAGGCCGCCGUGUACCUCGACGCGGACACGAUCGUGCGCAAAAAGUUCGACGAGCUCUGGAAUCUGCCGUACGACUUUGCUGCGGUCCCGGACGUGUGGGAGACUGCGCGCGGGUUCAUCCUUGGCUUCAACGCCGGCAUGCUCUUCCUUCGGCCUUCGAACGACACCUUCACGAAUAUGAUGAACAAUUUGGAGCACGCAGUCUACCCCCCGCACGAGGCCGAGCAGGCCUUCCUGAAUCUUUACUUUGGCGGCGAGGCGGUGCGCCUGCCGUACGUGUAUAACGCGAACCUCGCUAUCAAGACGCGGACGAAGGACUUCUGGAAGGCGCUGCAGGACGACAUUCGGAUAGUACACUACACCACUAUUAAACCGUUCUUCUACAGCGGAGGGAUCCCUACGCGGGAGAAGAUGCAGGAGGAGGUGGACAGGUCGAAGACUAAGCGCUGGGGCGAGUACAAGGAGGAGGUCUUGUGGUGGGAAGAGGCAUGGCACGGCGUCCUAGAGAAUCCAGAGCUAGAGAAGUGUUUCGAAGACGAUCUGAGCUGGUGAGGGGAUUAGAGAGCAACCGGUCGGUCGGUACUACGAUUAGGAGGGGGGCCGUGUUCGAGUGGGCAGGGUACGCUUCAGACCUUCGUGGCGUGUGAGAUAUAUGGGCUUCGGGUGAUAUGGACAGUCAUUUGACGGACGCUGCAAUCCGUUUGUUGUCGCAUCUGCAUUCCUCUGCAUCCUUUUCGGUUUUGGUUUUGCUUAUUUAUAUUGUUGUUUCUAAUUAUCGUUUUUAUUAACCUCAGAUCUCAGAUUCUAUCCUCGUCGAGUAUCGGGGCUCCACACCUCUCUCUUCCACCACCCGCAGUCAGUCGUCUUCAUCGCGGUCCACCGCAAAACACUCCUUUUCGCUGUUGGUUUUCCGAUGUUCGGCGAGCAUUGUACUUCAAUCUUCUUGAAUAAUACAUUGGCGUGUGUGUAUCACAAUCA